AUGUUGAUAAUUGGCUUAACAGGAUCAAUUGCAACAGGUAAAUCGACUGUCUCCAACAGACUCAAGGAGCAAGGUAUCCCUGUUGUUGAUGCAGACUUGAUUGCUAAACAUAUCGUUGACAAAGGAAAGCCAGCAUAUAAUAAGAUUGUGAAAUGUUUUGGCCCCCUCUCUGACAACUUGCUACAACAAGAUGGUGAAAUCAAUCGUCAGGAGUUGGGAAAAUUGGUAUUUGGACCAGCCAACAAGUCCAACCUUCAGAAACUCAACUCUAUAACCCAUCCAAAAGUCGGCUGGGAGAUGAUUCUCGAAGUAAUUAAAUGCUAUAUUAAAGGAUACGAUAUGGUGGUUCUUGACGUCCCAUUAUUAUUUGAGGCGAAUUUCCAUUAUUAUUGCGGUACAGUCAUAAACGUAAUUUGUGAUGAGGAUUUACAACUAUCAAGAUUAUUAGUCAGAAAUCCCCAACUAUCUGAAAGCGAGGCCCAAAAGAGAAUUGGUAGUCAGAUGAGCAUGAGCAGUAAAUCUAGCUUAUCGAAUAUCGUUAUUGAAAAUAAUGGAUCGCUAGAGGAAUUGUAUGCCAGUGUGGAUGGCAUCGUAAAGGAUAUCAAACCCAACAAACUUUGGAGUACAACUGAAUGGUUUAUUUUCCCUUUUGGUUUGGUAGUCGGUGCUGUUAGAUAUUUUCAAAAUGUUUGGAAAUAUAAGCAAAUGAAAAAGAUUGAUUGA